AUGACUCCCUUCUCAAGUUUGGCAGUCACUGCCACCGUAAUGUUGUUGAUGGUGGCAAAAAGUUGCCACUCUGAGAAUAACAUAUAUACCAAGGAAAAGAAGGUCCAGACACCAGGGCUCUGGAGUGCUCUUGGAUGUAUAAUAUCAGAUGAUAUAACAAAAUGUGUCAGAGACCACGCUACAGACACAAAUGAUAGGAAAGAUAUGGCUGGUGCAAGUGGUGAGGGAUUGAGUGCUAGUACAGAUGAUGAUGAUGAUGAUAGUCCAGGGUUCUUUGAUGCUAUUAGUACAUUUAUGACUGAUGGAAUCUUCAAGUUUUUCGAAGAUGAUGAGAAGGACAAAAAACAAGAGAAUGGCUCCCAUAAUGAUGUAGAAGACCAUUCUGAUGAUGAUUAUGACAGUAAUAACAAAGAUGAUGAAAAAGAUGAUACAGAUGAUGAUCUGAACCAUCGUGAGAACAUUGUAAGCACAUCCAACAGGACUGCUUCAACAGCUGUAACAAGAAAAAGCAAGAGAAGUGUGGCAGAAGCUCAAGAAAGCCAAAAGAGGAAGAGGAAGGAGGACAAGCUGAUGAAGUUGAUGAUGCUGGGCAUGCUGCUUAAAUCCAAAUUCAGUACAAUUGCUACAGUGUUUGGAACUAUCAUGCAGCUCAAAUUCUUUGCUCUGUCAAUGCUGCACCUGCUAGUUGGAUUGGUACGGUUGUACAUGGACCUCACAAGGAAGAAGGAGCCACAGAAAGUGAUCUACUAUGAGCAGGCUCAUCAUCAACAUGUGUACGAUCAGCAGCAUGAAGACAAAGAGUGGCUAGGAGGAUGGCUCUCCAAGAAAGAUGAUACUAUUAGUCGCAACAUAAAUGGAGAUCCACAUAGCAUGGUCUACAGUGGGCAGAAACCAUCAACAUAACACAAAUAGAUGUGAAAUAUCUAAAUUAUCAUGUUAAAUUAAAUAAUCCUUUAUUUAUACUCCUAUUUAUAUUUAUAGUCAGUUAUUUAUACUAUGUACAACAUAAAUACACUAAAUUCAGUUACUUUGUCUUUCCUUGAAGAUGCACAAUGGAUGGAGUCAAUUAUUUAGCAGUCAAUUCCUUUGAACCUUUAUUUCUGUAAUUCCUUCUUACAUUCUAACGUAAAUGGCUUAAUUAUCAGAAAACUUAUACUUGACUUUGCCUAUGAUACAUUUUCUGUGUCAGAAAUAUGUUAUGUACACAAGUUCUUCAGAUGUUCAACAAAUAAUGCCCUAACAUUACAUACAGUAUAUAUACAAAAUGUUGUGAGAUAUAACAAAACAAUAUUUCAAGUUCCUAUCUCUAAUAGGUUAAUCUUCAAAACUACCCAAAUUUUGCAGGGAAAUCACAUAAACAUACACACAUUUACAGAUGUGAAAGCAUGUGUUUAAUUUGAAUUACAUGUUGGAAAGACACAAUUUAUAAGUUAAAUAACAGGCAAAAUAACACUGACAUGGGACUAUAACAACAAAUUGACAAUUGCAAUGCCUCAGAUUAUUAGUUCUAUGAAGCUAUUAUGGUGCCUACUAUCCUGUGAGUACAAAUAUAAAUCGCUCCAUCCAAUGUGACCUGUAAGUUUAUUACUACAUGAAAACUUAACACCCU